AUGAGUAUCCCCGUUCCGACUGACCCUCAUGGCUUCUUGCAGUAUCAAAUGAUUAAUGCGCACAUCACGUUCAAGUGCGGGUACGACAGCAUACUCACUCAUCUUGAGAAUCCGCCCCUUAGAGACCUGUCGAACUUUCUGGGCUACUGUGAAGCGUGGGCGCAUUCCGUCCACGAACACCACGAAUCUGAAGAGCAUCUCGUAUUCCUGGUCCUGCAGCCUCGACUCGACAUGUCACGCGAGAUCGAGCAGCACAAAGUAGUGCAUGCGGGACUUGAAUCGCUCUUUGCGUACAUUAAGCGGGCACGCGAGGACCGAAGGGCGUUCGACGCUGCCGAGUUGCGCGGGAUGAUGGAAAAAUUGAAGGGUCCGUUGUAUGAGCAUCUCGACGAUGAGGUCGCUCAUAUCUCUGCGGAGAACCUUGUCGCUGCUGGGUUUACUGCUGACGAGAUGCGCAAGCUCGACAAGGACCUUGAGACGUAUGCCCGCUCUCACGGGAACGUGACGUUACUGGUUCCGUACAUGCGCAGCCACACGGUGCCGGAAAUGAAAGACAUCUGGCCCCCGAUGCCCUGGGCUCUGCGUAAGGUGCUCAUUCCUUAUAUGAUCGCAUUGCGGCAUUCAGGUUACUGGAAAUACUCACCUUACGCCAUGUCCUGA